AUGGCUGCAAAUGCUGCUUCACUCUUGACCAAUGUCUUUGGCCAGAAGACCGACAUUGGGAAGAUUGUCCAGAACUUUGACUUUAGUCAGAUCAAUGUUCGGGACUCAAAGUCAGAUGACUAUCUGCAUACAGAUCUCGCGCCGUCUUUUGGCAAAGAUGGACAGGAUCUCAAAGAAUCUAUGAGGGCAAUCGAUGAUCGACUUAAGAUUAUGGUUGCUGCAACAAUGAUGACUCUCGCCCGCCAGAAUGACAAGAGCUGGGAUGCUGUUGUGAGGACUAUGAUGCAGAAUGAAAUAGCUAUGCCCGAUGGCGAAGGUAUUGCACGUUCUGAUACACUUGUGAGGAAUAGCUUGAAUGAUUUCAAGUUUGAUGGCGGGCCUGAUGCAAGCAUUGUUAGGGAGGUUCAAACUUGGUUUAAUCGCUUAGUGUCUGAUCCUGAUGUUCUCAACAGCACCAAGAUUGAUAUCAAUGUCUUGGCGAAGAUAGUUGCUCAAACCGGGGCAACAGUCGAUAGCUUUGAAAGCUUCUUCGCCAAGGAGGAGCACCAUGAACAGACCUUGAUUGAUAUUGGCGUACUCCGCUUCCCUGACAUUGACCACCCAUACUUCAAGCUAUACAGAAUCAAAUUGGUUGCCUGGUCGGAUUCGCGCCGUAUUAUGUUUCAUUCAGAGGACAAGAAUGGAAUUACUGGAGAAUACAAUUGUCGAGUUUUUCGACCACGGGCCAGUGUUAUCGAUUGUUUGACUCAAGCUGCGCAUGCUAAGGCUGUUGCUACUUUUGAUGCCAUGUUUUCUUAG